UCCAUCAUCACCUCCACUGCGCAUGGGCAAUUGAUAACAGAAAAAAUGGAACCCAGUUGAGAUUCAUCAUGGUACCAGUUUAGGAAGUAUAUAAUGGCGAAUACUUUCACCGGAGGAUCAACAGUGUCAGUCUCUAGACCUCUUGAUCGAAUAUUUGAUGACGCUCAACACACCGGGGAGGUUAUUCUCUGUGGCCGUAAAUUAAAGGAGUAUCCAAAAAUAGCAGGAAAAUAUGAUCUUGUGGACACCGUUUCCAUAGAUCUUUCUAAAAACAGAUUCACUGAAAUUCCACCAGAAAUAUUUGAGUAUCGCUCAGCAGAAUGUUUGAACUGUUACUACAAUGCCAUUAAGUUUGUCCCUGAAGCACUGCUCCAGCUGCAGAAUCUCACCCAUCUGUGUCUCAGUCGAAAUCAGCUGACAGUCAUACCACCGUUUAUAAAAUGUCUUCAAGCCUUAGAAGUAUUUCUGGCCAGUCACAACAAACUGGUUUCCUUGCCAGAGGAAAUCGGGGAGCUAAAACGGCUGAUGGAGAUCGAUGUAAGCUGUAAUGAAAUAUCCUACUUGCCAUCACAAAUAGGCGAUCUGAAAUCUAUGCAGUGUCUUAAUGUGAGACGAAAUUUGCUAAUAGAAUUACCUGUUGAGUUGAGUAAAUUACAUUUACGAAGGUUAGAUUUCUCGGGCAACAAAAUCUCCGUUAUACCCACAGCAUUUCGUAAAAUAGAAACAUUAGAGGAUAUCGUUUUGGACCACAAUCCACUUACUAUGCCCCCCGCUCACGUCUGUAUCAAAGGGAAACGUCACAUCAUGAAAUUUCUUCAAAUGGAGGCCAUCAGAGAGGAACAAAAGAGAGACAGCGAAGCAGAAAUGAAGAAGCUUGUCCGCAAAUCCAUGCCGAUUCAAAAUGCAAUAACGUCGGAAGAGUUUAUGACGGACCCAUCACAGGAUAAGUGGAAGAGGCACACUGUGUUAAGUAACGACUCGGGCUACAGUACCACCGACAGCCUGGAGAAGAUUGGCUGGUCCCCCAAUGUAUCCGAGGCGUUAAGUCAGCGUCAGCAUGGCGAAUCGUCAGCAUUUAAAAGUGUCAUGGCUAACGGUCCAGAAUCAGACCUCCAUGUAGCGCGGCGAGGCUAUGACGCUCGCCCUCCUCCUAUAAACACAGCUUACAGUGGACCAAAUACCAAUCAGUUCUCACCCAAGACCCCCACCCCAGGGUAUCUGCCGACAGAACUGUCCCCACCCCCAGGAAACAGCUCACCUCAGUCACCUCUGACCCCUGUAACUCCCAGAAUUCCAAUUAGCAACAGUGAUUCAGCAUUUUCAGAAAAUGAUAUUACAAGGGAACUGAAUCGACAGAAGGUGGAGUAUGAGCGAAGGAAGAAGACCGCCGAGCAACUGCGGAUACAGCAAGAGGAAGAGGAGAAAGAGCAGAGGCGGAAGGCGGCACAGCGGAUUCAGGAAGAGCAGAAAGCCAUGCUGGAGAGGCAGUGGCAGGAAUCACAGGCUAACGAUGCUGCCCGUGCAGAAGAAAGCCGGGGACUGGACAAGAAACAGGAAGAGCCCAGGCCUGAGGUCCCGCGAGCUGACCCCGAGGCCAAUCGAGGGGAAGAUGAGGCCCGAAGAUCUGUGCAAAACAAUUACAAGGCUUUCCAAAGCCGACACCCGGCGGAUUUCAACAGCCCCACCCCCUACGGUUACAAACCCCAGUAUAACCACGGACCUAAGUCCCCUUACUCCCCAGUCUCCCCUGGAUCUCCCCCAGGCUACUCCCACGGACAAACGGUUCGUUCUCCGAGGGGGAGUGAAUAUCACAGCCCUCAGGCUCUAUCUCCUCACGGGGUAUCCCCCUCAGGAAUGUCCCCAAACAGACCCACGUAUGCCCCCAGGGCCAAUGGGACCCCGCCGCGGACUCUAGCUCUUGACUCUCAGCAUUAUUCUGGAUAUGUGCAAGACGCUAGCAUGGGAUAUGGCAGCUCCUCCUAUCACUCCCCUCCCAACGUUCCUUCGCAUUCCGCAAAGACGUCUAUGCCUCACUAUGCUGCUCCCUUGCAGCGGAACAGCAGAAAUGCUGCAAUGGAUACCUAUAGCAUGAAUUAUAGAAACCCGACUCAAACUCCUGCUACUACUACUACUACCAACAGUACAAACAAAGAGGAGCAGAAGCCAUCGAAUGUUCCGUUACGGCGACAGGGUUCAGACUCGCGGCAGUCGAACCCUGCGUCGAAUCCUCCUCCUCCGUCGUCUGGCAAGUCAGUGGGGGCCAAAACAGGGGCCCCUGGCUCCACGUCGCGAAUCAAAACACCCACUAGCAGAGGCAUUCCCGUGUUGCAGCACAAACUGGGCAGCUCUGUGAAUGGUGGGAACAGUCCAGGGAUUUCCCCGAGUCCCAGCCCGAGGUCUUCCCUGGGAUCAACAGGAACAAACAGCCCGAGUUCUUCCACCUCGUCGCUGCACAAGGUUGGAGAGAAGGGGACAGCCGUCACACGGAGAACCAAACCAUCGGCGACCACACCCACCUCCGGGCGGGCCGCGGGGGGAGGAGACAGGGGGAACGUCCCUCCUCCCACACCAGUCAGAACCAGUUCAAGCAGGCCAUCAACGGGCUCCUCACAUGAUGAUAAUAAGCAGAGUCGAUCUGGCCGCUCCACUCCAGCAGACGAUAAGAGACAGGGACAGAAGAACGCUGUUAACAGUCUGAUAGCCAAAAGAGAUGACAAGAAGAACCCUCCUCAUCCACCCCACAGAACCAACUAUGGUGCAGGGGGAGCUCGCCGAUCAGCCGGGUCAGGAAGUGCAAUGAGAGUUAUAGACAGUUACAAGGAUGCUGAAACUAAUUCUUUCACACUACGCCGACAAGAGGAACGAAUGAAGGAGGAAGCCGAACAGUUGAAUCGACUCCGAAUGACAAUAGAGAAGAGAUUAAAGGUGACAUUACCGGACAAUUUGCCGGAAUCUCUACGGGACGGAGUGUUGCUGUGUCAGUUCGCUAACAACAUACGACCGCGCUCUGUGCUCAGCAUCCAUGUCCCCUCCCCUGCCGUGCCAAAACUUACAAUGGCUAAAUGCCGGAAAAAUGUAGAAAAUUUCCUAGAUGCUUGUCGGAAAAUUGGAGUAGGGAAGGAGCAGAUUUGUAGUUCGCAAGACAUUCUGGAUGAGAAUGGGAUUAUCCGUGUAUCUAUAACAGUAGCAGCCUUAGUUGCCGUGUCAACCAAUCCCAAGUCGUCAGCUGUAUAGUCAGAAUCCCAAGAUCCCAAAACUUACAAAAAAUUUCUCGUCGAAGUUAGCUCUCACGUUUCUUGCCUGUAACCAAUGGAGGACAGGGUCAGUGUUGCUAGCUUCCGUACCAAGAUGAAUUUUCUUCAGGAAUCAAAUACCGAAAGGAAUUUUCAUCAAAGGAUCCAUAAUCUCUCGGUAAUGCUUACGUAGGCAAGAUCUGAUAUCACCAUUGUCAUCAUACCCAAAGAAAUGGAACAUAUCUAGAGAAGAAACUCUCAAAAUUGAACAUUUCCUCUACGGAGCAACCAAGUUGUGUCCAGGUUAUUAAAAGUAUUGCUGUUUGCAUAAUUUCAGAUUUAAAAAAAAAAGAAUAUUUUCCCCUUGGAAGUUGAAGGAAAAUGUUUUUGGGUCAGGUAUAUAUUUGUUUCUAUUUAUAUCCGGGAUUUCUGUAGUCAGUGCGUACCAGGGUUACAGACUGUGAUAAUACUCAAGUUCACUGUAUCAAAAUGUGUAUCACUAGUGUACUUAAUUACUGUAGAUGUAGGUCAAGGUCAAGUGCAUCCUUCAAGAUGAUUUAGUACCUAUUAUAGACUUGGUGGGUAUUUAUGUAUAUAUACAUGUACAUAUAUAUAGAAACUGAUAUCAAAGAGCUAUUUGUUCAAACUCAUAUUGCCUGCAAAUUAGUAAUUGGGGGAAAAAGCUAGAUGAAAGACAAACAUACAAGACUGAUUUAAAGAUUUUACAUGCAGUAGUUCCAUGAUUUUACAUGAAGUAUGCUGAGGUGCUAUAUCUUAUAUUUUGAUAUAAUAAGUCACAUGUCAUUUCUGUCAUUGCUUCGUCUUUUUUAAUGCUCAUUUCAUGAAUGGUUCUGUAUUAAACUGGACCAGUUUACUAAAAAAGCACCAAGCUCUGCCUUAUCUCAAACUAGAAUAUUGAUGAUGAUUAGAAUACUAAGAUAUACAAGGAUAUGUACACUAGCUUUGCUUUUGCAGAUGUAUAUGUAUAUGUCUUCAAUUUCCAUUUGUAUUCUUCCAAGUGUUGUAAAUGCCUCAACACUAGUGCUAUGUUUUUUAACGUAUACUUUUUUUUUUUGGUAAAUUGCAACUGGAGGACACACAAAAAAAAACCUCAUUGUAUAAAAUUUGAAAAAUGCAACUACCAAAUCAAAUAACUUUAAUCUUUCACCUGUUAUUGUAUUUACUCACAUGUUGCUUCGGCUUCACGAAUUCAUGAAGGAGAGGUUGAACUGAGCAUUAAUGUUUUAGAUCAGUUGUGAAAUUUUGACCAUGGUUUUUAUCCUGUGCCAUAUCUUGACUUGAAGGCGGUAGCUGACCAGUCCAAAAUAUCCUCCUUGUAACACUUACAGUGGUUACUCUGUAGUCCCAACAUCUAUACACUGUCCUGGUUAUACACAUUUGAAAUUGAUCUGUUAAGGGAGAUAACUCAUUUUUUCCAAAUUCAAAGAGUGAUAAUGUAAUGAAAAUUGUCAACCUGCAUGUUUUUGAUGCAUUUCAAAAACUGUUCACAUUUAUUUUUGAAAAAAAUCACUGAUUACAUUAAGCAUUAAGCAGAUAUCAAUAUAAUUUUAUAGAGAUGAUGAAAAAAAAAUUGUACCAUAUAUAGAAAAAAUAAAAAAUAUCUACUCUAAGUAUUCUUUGUGCUCACAGAAUAGGUCUCAAAUUUUUUUUUUAAAAACACCUUUUACAAGUUGUAUUAUUGAAGCAACUAUUUCUUUAGGACAUAAAUCUUUGUAUUUAAGAAAAAGUAUUAGGAUUCAAGGGUUUUGUUGACUAUAUAUAGAAUUUUUUAUCAUCAGCAUUCAGUAUCAUUUUAUACAUGUACAGAAAAAAAUGACUGCCAAGUUAAAACAGUUGUUUUAAUUUUAUCAGUUGAUGUGCAAUAACUUUGUGUUUGUAUGUGAUAUGAUGAUCAUGAUAGUUAUAUAAAGCAAUUGUUUUCUCUUCUCAUGCUUGAUACUGCAAGUAAGUAUGCAUGUAAGUGUACUAUAUAUACCGGAAAUACUAAUACAUGUACAGUAAUAAUACUGGAAAUUUGUCUCCAUCUCUAUAUAAUUUCAAUUUCUUUAUUGCAAAAGACAUACGUCUUAUAGCGUCUCAACGUCUUAUACAAAAAUCCAUCUCUGAUGUGGAGUUUUCCCCUCACAAAGCCCCUCCCCCUCCCCUUAUUCAUAUUUGUCAUGUUAUGAACUAGUCUUUGUGAUGUAAAAUUUCUGUCCAUUUGUACUAAAAACUAUGCAGUGUUUCUCUAUUUUUCACAAUUAGUGUAAAAUUUGUGUGGGUAAGAUUGUAAAUAUCCAUGAUGAGAUUAUGAAUGUGUAACACCAUUAAAACUAGAAACCAUUGUAAUUCUAAUUUGAUAGAAAAAUUCUUGUUAUGUACUCCCAAUAUUUAUGCUGGCUUUUAUUACACAAAUUGUUUGAUUUUUUUUUCUUUGUUAUAUUGGCUUUUAUAUAUUAAGCAGAGUAUUGGUCACUAUUUGGAAUAACUCAUUACAUUUAUACCUUAAAUGAUAAUAUGCCAGAACUUCGCAAAUACUUGUUUUAGUUGUUGCUUUUGUAUCUUUCUGGGAUUUCAAAUAGUCUUUGUUUUCAUGUUUACUGUUUCCAAAAUUAUCAACAAGUCGAAGAUGAAAUUUUUUUUCAUUCAUAUAUCUUACUUCUUUGUGGUUCUUCCUUUUUGUAAUCAAGACUAAAAUCAAACAACUAUUUAUUAAUUUAUUAUUAAAAAAGAAAACCAAACAAAUUAUGUAAUAAAUGUGCUUUGCUAUAUUUAAGUUACUCUUUUAUAGUUUAGUUGUCAGAUUUGAAAUUGCCUCUGGAUGCAUUGUAACAGAGGCAAAGAAUAUGGAAUCUAAACCAGUUACAUGUAUUGCAAAUAUUUCAUUGCGUUUUGCGACCAUUAAUUUGCUUUUUACUGUUCAAAACCAUGUAAUUUAAAAAUUGCAUAGAGUUUAGGUCAAGAAAAGAACAGUUUUAAAAAUAAAAAAAUACACUAAUUAGAAAUGUU